AUGUCGUGGAAAGUGCUGGUCCAGGCCUUCUUUUGUGGGCUAUUUAGGUUGGACAAGUUGAGGCUCGGGACAAUAGCCAAGAUAGCGAAGGUGGUGGGAACACUACUUGGAGUUGGUGGGGCCAUGCUACUCACCUUCUACGAGGGCGUGGAAGUCGGCCAUGUGGUCGACGCAUUUGAACUUGUUGCACUACGUGGCAACGACCUAGCAGAGCCAAGGGGUUCGGACGAUCACCUCCCGGGCUCGCUUUUGGCCUUGGCCAGCCGCUUGAGUAGCGCUUUGUGGUUGAUCAUUCAGGCUAAGAUGAGCGAUGGGUUCCCGUACCAUUACACCGGCACCAUGUUGAUGUGCUUCAUUGGGUCAAUCCGAGCAGUGAUUUACACAUUGUGCAGAGAGAGGGAUUGCAGCCAUUGGAAGCUCGGAUGGAAUAUCAGGCUUCUCACUGUAUCAUACUCGGGGAUCGUCGCUUGUAGGUUGUGCAAUGCUAUAAUCGCAUGGUGCAUGCGGAUGAGGGGACCGUUGUUUGUGUCGGUUUUUAAUCCUUUGAUGCUGGUGGUCGUGGCCUUGGCGGGGUUCAUCUUGUUGGACGAAAAAUUGCACCUGGGAAGACUUCAGCGACAUUACCGUUGGAGUGUCUUUGGAGAAGCAAAAGAGUUGUUGGAGGAGCAAGGAACUGUUCCCGAUAAGCAUUAA